AUGGACAAACCCAACGUUGAACACGCAGAGAUACUCAGCAACCCCAAGCUGCUCUCCAAGGAUCCCGCUCCCGGCGACGUUGCGCUGCUCAAGGGGUCGGAGACGAUCCUCAUCCCAACUCCUUCAGCAGACCCAAAAGAUCCCUUGAAUCUACCGCCAUGGCGCAAGUGGAUGCUCCUGAUCCUCGUCUCCGCGUACAGCUGUACCGCUGUUGUGCUGUGCUCAGGCAUGGGGCCCAUCUUCUCGGUCAUCCAAGCGCAGUAUCCCGGAGAGGAGGAACGAGCCAAUGAUCUCCUCACGUAUCCGACCCUGUUCAUGGGCAUCGGAAAUCUCAUCAGCAUGCCCUUUGCCCUGACUAUCGGGCGCCGACCCGUGUUCCUUGCCUCAAUGCUCCUCCUCAUCGCUACCGGUAUCUGGUGCGCCUGCUCGCAAAGCUUGGCAAGUCACAUCGCCGGCCGCAACAUCAUGUCCCUUGCCGCAGGUCAGAGCGAAGCACUGUCGCCGGCUAUCGUCCAGGAAAUUCAUUUUCUGCAUGAGCGUGGCCGCAAGCUCGCAUGGUUCAUCUUUAUCCAAAAUGUGACCGCUGGCGUCUUUUUCGUCACCUCGACGUAUAUGGUCUCCGCAUGGGGUUGGCGGUGGUGGUAUGGAUUCUUUACUAUUAUGAACGCCGUUGCCUUUGCCUUCUCUGUCGUGUUUGCCUCUGAAUCUCUUCACGAGCGAUCUGAAGAGGCCAUGCGCGGGGAGACUUCUUCAGAAGACUCGGGCUCGAAGGAUGUGGCAGUUGAAGAAACCUCUCUGAUCCUCUCCGCCUACGGGACUCCCCUGGAUAUUGAGCAAUACGGCCCGCGAACCUGGCGCCACGAUCUCAAACUCGUCACGGUGACCCCGAACUGGAGCGACAUACCCAUCUUCUUCAAACACGUCGCGCAGGGCCUCUGCAUCCCGGUUACCCUCUGGCUUCUCCUACUCAACGGCGCCUUUCUCGGAGUCUACGUCUUCCAGUCAGCAACUUUUGCCAACGUCCUCCUCGCUCCGCCCUGGAGCUGGGCGUUUACAUCGCUCGGUUAUGUCCAGGCAGGUCAGAUAGCCUGCUGCAUCAUCUUCCUCCCGCUCCUUGGCUACGGCAGCGAUAUAACAAUCCGAUACUUUACGAAACGGAACAACGGCAUUUAUAAGCCCGAGUACCGCCUUCCCAUGAUCGGAAUCCCCGCGGCCGUCGGCGUGAUCUGCGGGAUAAUCUACGGCCAGGCUGCAUCACACCCAGAGAACUGGAACGUCAGCGCAAUCUUCGUCAGCUACAAUGCGAGCUUCUUUGCCUUUCUGGGAGCGAACAUCGUGGGCAUUACUUACGCGGUCGAUAGCUUCCCGAUGCGGGCUGCGCCGUUCUUGGUGGUUAUUUGUGCAGGACGUGGCAUCAUCUCAUUUGGGCUCAGUUACGCGACCUUGCCGGCUGUUCAGGACAUUGGAUAUGAUAUGACCAUGGUGGUUGAGAUGGUGAUUUGCGGGGUUCUGGCUCUGCUUGCAGUGCCUAUGUUCUUCUAUGGGCCGGCGGUUCGGAAGUCGUUCAAGGGGUGGGUUGGGGCUGAGUAG